GGAAAGACUUCCAGUGAUAGUCGAACGCAUGCAGAACAUCAAUGAAUUCACACAGGGGAGAAACCAUUUGAAUGCAUGCAGUGUGGGAAGAGGUUCACUCAUAGUGCAGGCCUUAGAACACACCUGCAAACUCACACAGGGGUUAAACAAUUUAAAUGUAUGGAGUGUGGAAAGAGUUUCCGUCAGAGUGCACACCUCACUUCACAUCAGCAAACUCACACGGGGGAGAAACCAUUUAAAUGUAUAGAGUGUAAAAAGAGCUUCAGUAAAAAGGCCACACUUAGAAAACAUCAACAAAUUCACACAGGGGAAAAGCCAUUUACUUGUAUGGAGUGUGGAAAGAGCUUCCGUCAUAGUACUUCACUUCAAAUACAUCAACGGACUCACACAGGGGAGAAACCUUUUGAAUGUCUAAAGUGUGGAAAGUGGUUCAGCCGAAAGACACACCUCACUAGACAUCAGCGAACUCACACGGGGGAGAAACCAUUUAAAUGUUUGGAAUGUGGAAAGAGCUUUAGCGAAAGUUGGUCCCUUAAAAUUCAUCAUCGAAGUCACACAGGGGAGAAACCAUUUAAAUGUAUGGAGUGUGGAAAGAGCUUUAAUCAGAGUGGGGAACUUAAUUUACAUCAUCGAACUCACACAGGGGAGAAACCAUUUAAAUGUGUGGAGUGUGGAAAGAGCUUCACUGAUAGUGGAACAUUUAGAAAACAUCAACGAAUUCACACAGGGGAAAAGCCAUUUACUUGUACGGAGUGUGGAAAGAGUUUCCGUCAUAGUACUUCACUUCGAGUACAUGAACGAACUCACACAGGGGAGAAACCAUUUGAAUGUCUAAAGUGUGGAAAGUGGUUCAGCCGAAAGACGCGCCUCACUUCACAUCAGCGAACUCACACGGGGGAGAAACCAUUUAAAUGUUUGGAGUGUGGAAAGAGCUUCAGUCGACGUUACCAUCAGAUUGAACAUCAGAGAAUUCACACAGGGGAGAAACCAUUUAAAUGCAUGCAGUGUGGGAAGAGGUUCACUCAUAGUGCAGGCCUUAGAAUACACCGGCAAACUCACACUGGGGUGAAAAACUUUAAAUGCUUGGAGUGUGGAAAGAGCUAAAGCCGACGUGAUAAACUUAGUAAACAUCAGAGAACUCACACAGGAGAAUCCAUUUAAAUGUUUGGAGUGUGGAAAGAGUUUCCGUCAGAGUGCACACCUUGCAUUACAUAAACAUACACGGGGUGAAACACUUUAAAUGCUUGGAGUGUGGAAAGAGCUUCAGUCGAUGUUAUAAACUUCGUGAACAUCAGAGAAGUCACACGGGAGAAACCAUUUUAAUGUGUGGUGUAUAGUAAAUGUUUCAUUCGAUGUUCAGUCUUAUAUGUAGAAUUAUAGAAUUCUAGAGUUGACCCUGGACAUAAUUUGAGGGAUUUUUGGAUGGGGCACUGUGGAAACCCAUUCACUGUAUUUUGUUCACUUCUCUGGAACAAAUGAACUUCAAAGGGAGACUAGCAUGACAAUGCAACAAGAGAUUCAGUGCCAUCAGUGUGGAAAGAGGUUCAGUCAUAGUGGAACCCUUGGAACACACCAGCAAACUCACAUCAGAGAACUCACACAGGAGAAUCCAUUUAAAUGUAUGGAGUGUGGAAAGAUUUUCCGUCAGAGUGCACACCUUGCAUUACAUAAACAUACACGGGGUGAAACACUUUAAAUGCUUGGAGUGUGGAAAGAGCUACAGCCGACGUGAUGAACUUAGUAAACAUCAGAGAACUCACACAGGAGAAUCCAUUUACAGUAAAUGUAUGGAGUGUGGAAAGUUUCUGUCAGAGUAUACACCUUGUGAUGUAAGCAGGUGUAGGCCUUUAGAUGUGAGCCUAUGCUUUUCAGGUACAAAACUGCGAGAAAUGAGCCAUGUAUAAUUGCUUUCCUAAAACCAUCUUCUCUGUGUCUUUUUGGCCUACUAGAGAGAUUAUGAGAGGUGCUGUUUUCUGCCAGUUAGUUUCCUUGUUUACAUACAGGCCACCUGGUACAGUAUAGGAAUCUAUGCUCAUAUGCCUUUCUGUCCAGCAUGUUUUGUUCCUACAUUUGGCAGAACGCCUGGAUUUUGAGAAUGCCUGAAUUAAGAAAAGGAAUGUUCUUAUGGCGAAAUAACUAGGCUCUGGGUCAUGAUAGACUGAGAAAUGUCCUUCGCCAGGGAACUUAUACCAAUAAUGUAUCGUUUGCUUUCUGUAUUGUUUUCUAUGUCUUAUAUUGAUUAUGGUUUUUAUGUUUGCCAAUGGUUGAUUGUAACUGUAUGAGAAUGCACCUAUGUUGGAAUCACUUAGCAGUGAGCGGUGAGUUUCAGGGGGGAAGGAGAGAUGGGGCAGGGAUAGAUGGAGAC